AUGGAGAGUGAUCUCUUGCGCGAACAGAUUUCCAACAUGAGGCAGUCCCUCUUUGUUGAGGAAAUUCUUGAGUACCAAUUUCUUCAAUUGGAGCAACUGCAGGACAAUGAAAACCCCAACUUUCUUCAGGAAAUUAUGACCUUGUAUUUCAGAGAGUCACCAAAGACGAUAGCUAUCAUAGAUCAAGCAUUGGAGGAACACUUUAAUUUCCCGGGACUGUACAAGUACCUUCAUCAGCUUAAAGGAAGCAGUGCGAGCAUUGGUGCUAAUAAGGUUACUAAAGAAAUCAACCAAGCAUUGGAGUGUUUCAAAGAAGGUGACAUCCAAGGAUGCAAGGGUGCAGUUCAGAGAUUGAAGCAAGAGCAUAACAUCCUAAGGAAUAGACUUCAAUCUUAUUUUCAGCUACUGCGACAAAUUAAGAUUUGCUGA